AUGGGCCCGAGGGGCGCAGCCGCGGCGGCCGUGGCGCUGUGGGUCUUGCUGACGGCGGGCGAGGCGGCGGACCCUGGCGUGGCGACGCCCCGGCGCUGCCUCCUGUCACACUACCGCUCGCUGGACCCCAGGGCGCUGGCGGCCGUCAAGGCGCUGAGGGACCGCUACGAGGAGGAGACGCUGAGCUGGAGGCCGCGCAACUGCUCCUUCCGCCCGAGGAGGGAUCCUCCGCGGCCCUGGUCGUGCGCGCGCCUCCGCCUCGUGGUCCGGGGCCUGGCGGACGCCCAGGCGGUGCUGAGGCGCCUGCAGAGCCCCGAGCGGUUCCCCGGCACCGGCCCGACCCUGGAGCUGCUGGCGGCCGCGCGGCGGGACGUGGGGGCCUGCCUCGAGCUGGUGCGGCCAGGCUCGUGGAGGAAGUCCCUGCGGCCACCGAGGAGGCGUCCCCAAACACGGAGAGCUGACUCGCGUCGGUGCCACGAAGCCAGCGUCAUCUUCAACCUCCUGCGCCUGCUCACGUGGGACCUGAAGCUGGUGGCGAACUCGGGGCCUUGUCUCUGA